CCUCAGCACAGUUGUUACUUCUUUGGUUUCUUUUGAUUUACUGCACGCGCACAGGCGCGGGCGGCGGCGCAUUUGGCAAGGCCGUUUGUGACUGGUUAUAAUUUCUUCAGCGUAAACGUUGCAAACGAGUAUGUAUACAAUCCAGGCCCCUCCGGGGCACCCGGGACAGCCAGCGGUGCUAGUCGCGUGCGCUUUUCUUGAGCAGCAGGUCACGAUUGAAGCGCCAGAUGCCGAUCUGCAGGCACCAGUCUUGAAGGCAGGGGAGCACAGUGUGCAUGGCACAAGCGAAAUCCUGCGUUAUGUUGCCAGCCAGCACGCCGGCAACUCCCUCUACCCUGACAACCUAAAGGCCUCCAUUGACAAGUGGCUGGAGGUGGGCGCCACCUGCGAGGCGGGCGCGCUGGCCUGGGUUGAGCCCUUCGCAGCCAAGGCGGACGAUGCGGCCCGCUCCGCCGCCCAGGCCUCCCUGACCACCGCCCUGGAGCAGAUCAAAGUGGACCUGGGCCAGCAGGAGCGCACGUUCCUGCUGGGCUCCGCCCCCACGCUGGCCGACGUGUCCCUGGCCGCCGCGCUGAGCCCACUGGCGGAGUCGGUGCUGGGCCGGCCGCUGCAGGCGCACUUCGCCCCCGUGCUGGAGUGGCUGGCGGGCUGCAGGCGCCUGCCGCAGUUCAGCAAGGCGCUGGGCGCCCUGACGCUGUGUGCGGCGGAGGAGGAGUGGGUGCAGCCGUCCAAGAAGGACGCGGCCGGCAAGAAGAAGAAGGGCAAGGGCGCCGCUGUGGCUCCCACUGCUGACGGUGUGGACGGCAAGCCCGCAGCCGCUGCUGACCCUGCUGCUGCUGCUGCUGCUCAGGCGGAGCUGGACCCGGAGAAGGCAGCGAAGAAGGCCGCCAAGGACGCUGAGAAGGCAGCCAAGCUGGCCAAGUUCGCUGCCAAGAAGGCGGCGGAGGAGGCGGCAAAGGCGGCCAAGGGAGGGGGCGCUGCGGAUGCGGGAGAGGACAAGAAGGCCAAGGAGAAGGCGGAGGCGGAGGCGAAGAAGAAGGCGGAGGCGGAGGAGGUGGCCUCCCUGAUUGCCGCCGCGCAGUCCACUCCCAAGGGCGAGAAGAAGCAGCUGCCCGAGUCCAUGUACAAGGCCUACCACCCCAAGAUGGUGGAGGCGGCCUGGUACGAGUGGUGGGAGCAGUGCGGCUUCUUCAAGCCCGACCCCGCCGCUGUCGACAAGCCGCCCUUCGUGAUCGUCAUCCCGCCGCCCAACGUGACGGGGGCGCUGCACAUCGGCCACGCGCUCACAAACUCCAUCCAGGACACAAUUGCCCGCUGGCGCCGCAUGAGCGGCUACAACACGCUGUGGGUGCCGGGCACCGACCACGCGGGCAUCGCCACGCAGACGGUGGUGGAGAAGAAGCUGCAGCGGGAGAAGGGGGUCACGCGCCAUGACCUGGGUCGCGACGCCUUCCUGGGCGAGGUGUGGCAGUGGGUGGAUCAGUACGGCCACCGCAUCCACGACCAGCUGCGCCGGCUGGGGUCCUCGGUGGACUGGUCGCGAUGCGUGUUCACCAUGGACGAUAAGCUCAGCCGUGCCGUGCUGGAGGCGUUUGUGCGCAUGUUCGAGGGCGGCUGCAUCUACCGCGACAACCGGCUGGUCAACUGGUGCUGCCGGCUCAAGACGGCGGUCAGCGACAUCGAGGUGGACUACAUCGACAUUCCCAAGCGCACCCUAAUGAACGUGCCCGGCUACUCCGAGCCCGUGGAGUUCGGCGUGCUCACCUCCUUCGCCUACCCGCUGGAGGACGGCAGCGGGGAGGUCGUGGUCGCAACCACCCGCCCCGAAACCAUGCUGGGAGACACGGCGGUUGCCGUACACCCCGAGGACCCGCGCUACACCGCCAUGCACGGCAAGUUUGUCGUGCACCCGGUCAGCGGGCGGCGCAUCCCCAUCAUCUGCGAUGCGGAGCUGGUGGACAUGGCGUUCGGAACGGGUGCCGUCAAGGUCACCCCCGCGCACGACCCCAACGACUUCGCCACCGGCAAGCGCCACGGCCUGGAGUUCAUCAACAUAUUCGAUGACAACGGCCUCAUCAACGCGCAGGGAGGGCCCUUCGAGGGUCAGCCGCGCUUUAAGGCCCGUGUCACGGUGGUGGACAUGCUGCGGGAGAAGGGGCUGUUCCGAGGCACCUCCGACAACCCCAUGCGGCUGGGGCUGUGCAGCCGAUCCAAGGACGUCAUCGAGCCGGUGCUGAAGCCGCAGUGGUGGGUGAACUGCAAGGACAUGGCGGCCGCCUCCUGCCAGGCGGUGCGCGACGGCAGCCUGCAGAUCAUUCCCAAGGAGUUUGAGGCGGUGUGGUUCCGGUGGUUGGAGAACAUCCGCGACUGGUGCAUCAGCCGGCAGCUGUGGUGGGGACACCGCAUCCCCGCCUACUACGUCAUCUUCGAGGGCGAGGACUCCAAGGCCUCCGGCAGUCCCGGCAUGCCCUCCGAGGACAUGGGCCGCUGGGUGUGCGGCCGCACGCGCGAGGAGGCGCAGGCGGCCGCGGCGGCCAAGUACCCGGGCCGCGCCUUCAGCCUGGUGCAGGACGAGGAUGUGCUGGACACAUGGUUCUCCUCGGGCCUGUUCCCCUUCUCCGUGAUGGGCUGGCCCGACGCCACCCCCGACCUGUCCGCCUUCUACCCCACCAGCCUGCUGGAGACGGGGCACGACAUCCUGUUCUUCUGGGUGGCGCGCAUGGUCAUGAUGGGCAUACAGCUGACGGGCCAGGUGCCCUUCAAGCAGGUCUACCUGCACGCCAUGGUCCGCGACGCGCACGGGCGCAAGAUGUCCAAGUCGCUGGGCAACGUGAUCGACCCGCUGCACGUCAUCGAGGGCAUCACCCUGCCCGGGCUUCAUGACACGCUGGCGGGGGGCAACCUGGACCCCAAGGAGAUCGAGCGCGCCAAGGCGGGCCAGCAGGCGGACUUUCCGGACGGCAUCGAGGAGUGCGGCACGGAUGCGCUGCGCUUUGCGCUGGUGGCGUACACCGCGCAGGCCCGUGACAUCAACCUGGACAUCAAGCGUGUGGUUGCCUACCGCCACUGGUGCAACAAGCUGUGGAACGCCAUCAAGUUCGCCAUGAUGAACCUGCCGCCCGGGUUCGAGCCCCCCCGGCAGCAGCUGGUGGCGGCGGACUGCCCGCCCGCCUGCCGCUGGAUCCUGUCGCGCCUCAACAACGCCAUUGGCGUCAUUGUGCAGGCCAUGGAGGCGUACGACUUCUCCACCGCCACGCAGCGCGUGUACGCGCUGUGGCAGAACGAGCUGUGCGAUGUGUUUAUCGAGGUCAUGAAGCCCGUGAUGGCCUUCGAUGACAGCAAGCCCGAGCUGGCCGCCGCCAAGCGCCUGACUCGCGAGACGCUGUGGACCUGUCUGGACGCGGGUCUGCGGCUGCUGCACCCCUUCAUGCCCUUUGUCACGGAGGAGCUGUGGCAGCGCCUGCCGCGGCACCCGGACAUGGCCUCCUACGCCAGCAUCAUGCUGACCCCCUACCCCGCCCCCAGCGCCGCCUGGGACUGCCCCGCGGCGGAGCGGGCCAUGGAGUUCGCGCUGGCCACUGUGGGCGCGGUUCGCAAGAUGCGCAGCGACUACGGGCUCACCAAGCAGAAGCCGCACCUCUACGUGGCGUGCAGCGAUGAGGACAAGUGCUCUCAGCUGCGCUCGCUGCAGCUGGAGGUGGCCACCCUGUCCGCCUCCUGCGACGUGGCGCUGCUGGCGGCGGGCGAGGCGGCACCGCUGGGCUGCUCGGUGGGCAUCGUGGACGAGGCCACCACUGUGCACAUGGGGCUCAAGGGCAUCCUGGAUCCGGCGCUGGAGAUCGCCAAGCUGGAGAAGAAGUCUACUGAGGUGGCCGGGCGUAUCGAGCAGCUGAAGAAGAAGAUGUCGCUGCCCGCCUACGACAAAACCCCCGAGGACGUCAAGGCGGCGGAUGCGGAGAAGCUGGCCAAGGCGGAGGCGGAGCAGGCGGCAGCGGCGGCGGCGACGGAAGCCAUGAAGACGCUGCUGGCGGCGUCGUGAGGGCAGUUGUGAGGGCGGCGGUGGUGGUUAGGAGGGGGUUAGGGGAUGGGGUGAGGAGGGUGGGGGAUGCUCUUAAUGGUGGGUGUUUGGCAUGAGUGUGGAGUUUUGAGAGGGGUUUGGAUGCGAGUGCGUGCGAGGUGUGAGGAGAGUGGUGGGUUUGUGUAACUGGGGGCUGGGGAAGGGAUUGACUUUCGGAAUGCAUUAGGGUUUCGCAUCGCUACUUUCGGUGCAGGAAUAGGUGAUGCUUCUUUCAGCUAUGAUGCCUAAGGAGCGGGUGAACAGCCGAGCUGAAUGGGGGGUUUGGGAUGCAGGAGGCGGCUGCCAUGAUUGGCUCAGACCUGCGAAGGACUGGCCACCGGUAUCGACGAUGCAGCGGUCCGAAUGCAGGGUUUGUGGCGUCUUGUAGUAGGUGUGAUAUCGAAGUGAGGGUGUGAACGUGAGCUGCUGCGUGCUCAUGGUAUCAGUGCGCGUUGAGGAGCCGGGAGGAGGAAGACCCAUGAGGAGUUGGUCCUUAAGGCCUUAUUGCCAGCCCUUAUGUAGUUAACAACGACUUGCAUGGCCCGUUUGUGAUGAGCGUUUUACCACCAUGCUAGGCUGUGCGGUCGGGCCAUGGGGAACGACUUACUGGGACACCUCAGUAGAGGUACCAACCGCCAUACCGGCCGUAAAGGCGAAAGGCGAAAGGAAACGAGCGUCGUGGGCUUGGGUAUGCCCGGACAGUGGUCUUAAUCGAAAGCGUCCCUCUUCCCUUCGUCAACCAUUCGUUCUGCUGAAGGC